CCUUCCCCUGCCUGCCGCCACCGACCGCGCACGCGCGUGCGGGCCGGGCCCGCCGGAGCCGCAGCCAUGAUCAACUUCAUCCCCAAGGCGCACCCCUCGGUGGCCCUGCUCUACGGGAAGCGCCCGCUGCAGCGCAUCGCCGUGGGCGCUACGAAGUUGCAGAUCGAGAUUCCUUUGGAUGUUGUCUCGGACAUCCCAUCGAAGGUCGACACAUCGAUGGCCUACGUCGGCAACAAGUACAACGCGCUCCCGUGGAAGGAGACUUCAUCGACAUCAAGAUCGACGCCAACAACCUCAUCGAGGCGGACGUGAAGUCGGCCCUGACCGACCUCGACUGGUUCGGCAAGAUCGGCGCCCUGUACGCCGGGAAGGCGGCCGAGGCCGAGAUGGACGUCGCGACGAAAGCCAUCGGCGCCAUGAAGCCCAUCAAGUACCCCGUGGCCAAGCAGUGA